AUGGGGAGAGGUAGGGUUGAGUUGAAGAGAAUUGAGAACAAGAUCAACAGGCAAGUAACAUUUGCAAAGAGAAGGAAUGGACUUUUGAAGAAAGCCUAUGAGCUUUCCGUUCUUUGUGAUGCAGAGAUUGCUCUCAUCAUCUUCUCCAAUAGAGGAAAGCUGUACGAGUUCUGCAGUAGUUCAAGCAUGCUCAAAACUCUUGAGAGGUACCAGAAGUGCAACUAUGGAGCACCAGAGCCAAAUGUGUCGGCAAGGGAGGCCUUGGAACUGAGUAGCCAGCAGGAAUAUCUGAAGCUUAAAGCACGCUACGAAGCUCUGCAAAGAACCCAGCGGAAUCUUUUGGGAGAAGACCUUGGCCCUCUGAGCAGCAAAGAACUUGAAUCACUUGAAAGACAGCUUGAUAUGUCAUUGAAGCAGAUCAGAUCAACAAGGACCCAGUACAUGCUGGAUCAGCUCAAUGAUCUACAGCAUAAGGAACACAUGUUGACUGCAGCUAAUAAGUCUCUGAAAGAAAGGUUGAUGGAAGGCUACGAAGUAAAUUCACUCCAGUUGAAUCUAAGUGCAGAAGAUGUGGGUUUUUCUCGACAACAAGCUCAACCCCAAGGUUAUGGAUUCUUUCAUCCUUUGGAGUGCGAACCAACAUUACAAAUUGGGUAUCAGCCUGACAGUGCUAUAACAGUGGUCACUUCUGGCCCAAGUAUGACUGCUUACAUGCCAGGUUGGUUACCAUGA